AUGGAUGCCCAAGGCCUGAGAGAAGAUCUCCGCCUGUUUCAGAGCACUCUGCUCCAGGAUGGACUCAAAGAGCUUCUGAAUGAGAAUAAGUUAAUUGAUUGUAUCUUAAAGGUUGGAGACAGAAGCAUCCCUAGCCAUCGGCUCAUUCUGGCAGCAUGCAGUCCGUAUUUCAGAGAGCUCUUCUUCUCCGAGGAUGGCAAGGAAGUGGACAGAAAGGAGGUUGUUCUGGAGAACCUUGAUCCCAGCAUUAUGGAGGCGAUAGUGAAUUAUCUGUACUCGGCUGAGAUAGACAUCAACGACAAUAAUGUUCAGGAUAUUUUGGCUGUUGCCAAUCGCUUCCAGAUCCCCUCGGCAUUCACGGUUUGUGUGAAUUAUCUCCAGAAGAAGGUGACCAGGAAGAGCUGCCUUGCUAUCUACAGGUUGGGACUGAUGCUGAACUGUGCCAGGCUGGCAAUGUCGGCCAGGGAUUACAUUGCUGAUCGCUUUGAGGCCGUCAACAAGGACGAGGAGUUCUUGGAGCUUGCUCCACAUGAGCUUUUUGCCAUCAUCGGAGCUGAUGCCUUGAAUGUGGAAAAAGAAGAGGUGGUCUUUGAGUCUCUCCUGAAGUGGAUCAAUAAAGACAAAGAAAAGCGCACAAAGUUCUUGGAAGAGGCUUUUGAGUACGUUCGUUUUCGUCUGCUUCCAGAGAAGUACUUCAAGGAAAAAGUGGAAAAAGACGAAUUGAUAAAAGCUAAUCCCGAGCUUCUCAAGAAGAUGAAAGUCAUCAGGGACGCAUUUGCUGGAAAACUACCUGAGAAGAAAAAGGGACAAGAUGAUGUUGAGGGAGAGGAAGACGAGUUGCCAGGUUACCUGAAGGAUGACCGCAGAUAUGGCAUGUAUGCCAAAGACAUGAUUCUCAUGAUUAAUGACACCGCUGCUGUGGCCUACGAUAGUCAAGAGAAUGAAUGUUUCCUUGUAGCAAUGGCUGAGCAAAUCCCCAAAAAUCAUGUCAGUGUCACGUCUAAGAAGAACAAUCUGUACGUGGUGGGAGGACUGUUUGUAGAUGAAGAGGACAAAGGAAAUCCCCUGCAGUGUUACUUCUAUCAGCUGGACAGUUUUGCUGCUGAAUGGACAGCUCUGCCACCCAUGCCUUCACCCAGGUGUCUAUUUGGCAUGGGCGAAUUUGAAAACCUCAUCUUUGCUGUGGCAGGAAAAGAUUUACAGUCCAGUGAGUCUCAUGAUACCGUCAUGUGCUACGACACUGAAAAAAUGAGGUGGACAGAAACAAAAAAGCUGCCCGUAAAAAUCCACGGCCACUGUGUGGUCUCCGAGAACGGCUUGGUGUACUGUGUUGGAGGAAAAACCGAUGACAAUAAAGCAACCAAUAAGAUGUUUGCAUACAACCACAAGAAGUCAGAGUGGAAGGAGGUUGCUUCCAUGAAGACCAAGAGAUCCAUGUUCGGAGCAGUCCUCCACAAAGGGAAGAUUGUUGUUGCUGGAGGAGUCAAUGAAGAUGGUCUGACUGCUACGUGUGAAGCCUAUGACUUUGGGACCAACAAGUGGUCACCUUUUACUGAGUUUCCUCAGGAGAGGAGUUCAAUGAACCUGAUCAGCUGCAGCGGGCUUCUGUACGCUGUAGGAGGCUUUGCCAUGUUGGAGAAUGACAACAAAGAGUGUGCACCUACUGAGAUCAUUGACAUUUGGCAGUAUGAAGAUGACACAAAACAGUGGACUGGCAUGAUCAGAGAGAUGCGUUACGCAGCUGGAGCCUCGUGUGUCUCCAUGCGUCUAAAUCCUGCCAAAAUGCCCAAACUGUAA